UGGGACCUAAAAAGAGAAAAAAAACCAAACACACCACACCACACCAUAACAACACCAUAAACAACAAUAUAGCUUCUAUUGUUUUUUUUUUCUUUUUUUCUUUUUCCAUGUCUAUCAAGAAUUACUUGUUAUUAUGAAUAAUACAAUUGGUGUUCUCUUCUUCCAUGGCGAACAAGAUUAGAAGGAAGAUGUCACAACUAUGCAAGAGAAUUGUUGAGGUUGAUAUAAGGUGGGGUGUGUUGCAAAGGGUAUCUUUUGUUGGACAAUUUUUUCACUUCAUUUGGGAUAGGCUUCUUGUUUGUUCUGUUGGAAAGAAGAGUAAAUCGUCUCGGUAUACGAGACUUCCCCUUGGGGAUUCUUCUCUGGCCGUGGCCGUGUCAGACGACCACGACCAGGGAUUCCACCACACAUUGGUUAGCGAAAGUGGGUAUGAAACGGAUUCCGAUUUGGUUAACUUGAAGAUCAGUUUAUUGGGUGAUUGCCAUAUUGGAAAAACUACUUUUGUGAUAAAAUAUGUAGGGAAUGAACAAGAGAAGAAGGGGUUGCAGAUGGAAGGGCUAAAUUUAAUGGACAAAACAUUGUUUGUUCAAGGAGCUCGUAUUUCUUUUAGUAUAUGGGAUGUUUCAGGUACAUAUAUAUAUACUUUGCUUAUUUAUAAAUGGUGUGUGUGUUUUUUAAUUUGCAGUGUUUUUGGAUGGUAUAGUGAAGCAAGAAAGUGGAAUCAGACUGCAAUUCCCAUUCUAAUUGGAACAAAAUUUGAUGAUUUUGUUAGGCUCCCCCCAGAUUUACAAUGGACAAUUGUCACACAGGCCAGGGCUUAUGCAAGGGCUAUGAAGGCAACCCUAUUCUUUUCAAGUGCAACACACAAUAUAAAUGUCAACAAAAUCUUCAAAUUCAUCAUGGCUAAGCUGUUUAAUUUGCCAUGGACGGUAGAAAGAAAUUUGACUGUGGGAGAGCCCAUUAUUGACUUCUAUUGAUUCAUUUCGUGUGUGUACAUACCUGCGGAUGAAGAGGAAAAAGAGAAAAAAAAAAAAAAAAAUAUCAAUGCAAGUUGACUAAAGUCUAUCACCAUUCACUAUAUAAAGUAUCUAAUUUACAUAUUUCUCAAAUUUAGGCCAUUUUGAUUACAUCUUUAUUUAGAGGGUAGGUUAGAUAAAUGGUAUGACUAAAUUUUAUGGGGCUAGUAACUACACUAAGUUCCCCCUAAGCCAAAACAGCUACUCAUAUUGGUGGGUUCUAGUAUAAUUAUAUUAUAGUGAUUAUAUAAGU